UUUCCUGACAUUUGUCAACACUGGCCCUAUCUAUGGGAUUUAAUUUAUAUAUUUUCUUUUUCACUUCGUUCAUUUAACUUGUUGUCGCCAGUCCGUGUCGUGUCCGUCGCGCUGCUUUUGAGUAGAGAAAUACUAGGCCUCCCGUUAAAUUAUAUUACUCACUUUCUCCAUUGCGUUUUAUUUCGGAUGAUGUUCAUAUAUUAAAUUUCAAUCGACAAUCAAACCACAAAACUAAAAGAAAAUGGGCCAAAAAGUAUCGCGAACCGACUUUGAAUGGGUCUACACGGAGGAACCACAUGCCAGCCGCCGCAAGAUAAUACUGGAGAAAUAUCCACAAAUUAAGAAACUCUUUGGCCACGAUCCCAAUUUCAAAUGGAUUGCCCUGGCAAUGGUAUUGACCCAGAUCCUGGCGCUAUUCAUUGUCAAGGACUUGUCGUGGACAUGGCUGGUGGCAAUGGCCUAUUGCUUUGGCGGCAUUAUUAACCAUUCGUUGAUGUUGGCUGUUCAUGAGAUAUCACAUAAUUUGGCCUUUGGUCAUAGCCGACCUAUGCAUAAUCGGAUAUUGGGUUUCAUUUGUAAUCUACCCAUCGGAUUGCCCAUGAGUAUAUCGUUCAAAAAGUAUCACCUGGAACAUCAUCGUUAUCAAGGCGACGAAGUGAUUGACACAGACAUACCCACCUUGUUAGAGGCGCGCCUUUUUAAUACCACCUUUGGCAAGUUCAUUUGGGUGUGUCUGCAACCAUUUUUCUAUAUCUUCCGUCCGUUGGUUAUUAAUCCAAAGCCACCAACUCGUCUGGAGAUCGUGAAUACCAUUAUUCAGUUGACAUUCAAUGCUCUCGUUGUGUACUUUAUUGGAUGGAAAUCACUUGCCUAUUUGCUAAUUGGAUCCAUUUUGGCCAUGGGCUUGCAUCCGGUGGCUGGUCAUUUCAUAUCGGAACAUUAUAUGUUUGCUAAAGGUUUCGAGACAUACUCAUAUUAUGGACCACUUAAUUGGAUUACCUUCAAUGUGGGCUAUCACAAUGAACAUCAUGACUUUCCGGCAGUGCCUGGUUCCCGGUUGCCCGAGGUGAAACGCAUUGCCAAGGAAUUCUAUGAGACGAUGCCACAGCAUACGAGUUGGACUCGGGUGUUGUAUGAUUUUGUUAUGGAUCCGGAUGUAGGACCCUAUGCCAGGGUUAAGAGACGUCAGCGCGGCUUGGAUUCCUAGGAUUGAGGAAUUCUAUUUGAUUUUACUAGCGGUUUCCACUGGCAUUAUGUAAUCUCACAACCAAUCAAAAAAAAGAAAAACGGAAAAUAACCCCAGCACACUCUUAUAUGUACAUGUAUUACACACACACACACACCCCCUCACACAAGAGAAAGGCAAUCUGCUCUAAUCAAAACUAAAAACUUAACUGAAUGAUUAGAUAAAGCCGCCGCCGCUGCCGCCUGCCCAUAUUGAACCAUUUUAUAGUGCAUAUAUAGAAAAAGAAGAAAAAACAAAUAUCUGGUAUUAAUGCUAGAUGGUGAGCUUAGUUUUGAAAGUCACUUUCGAGCGCUUUAAUUAAAAUUAUUACCUCAUAAGUUCGAAAGCCUGUUAAAUCUAGUGUGUAAAGUGUAUUUGUCCUAUAUAUAUAUAUACAGAUAUAUAAAAACAAAAAAACUA